GGCGAUGUUUUGCGGCGUUGGCGGCAGCCACAGGCCACAGCAGGCUACUUGGUAGUCGUACCAGCAGUAGUGUGUGUCCGCAUCGUGCCGCCACCGCCGCUCUACCCCCGUCGUCGUACCACACGGCCGUUGUACAGCAACCGGCCUGCCGCAACAUGUCAUACGGCAACCAGCGCAGACGAACCAACAGUCUGUGCUGCAGAGGUCUCACGUGAAACGCGACGGUACACCACACGUUCACCAUCCGGCACGCACGCACACCAUAUACAGAUAGUUUGCGUAUUUGAUCAUAAAUUUGUGUCGUAUUAUUAAUCAACCAUUAUGGACGUCCCGGAAAGUCAAAUUCUGGGGAAAAAACGCAAGCUAUGCUUUAGGAGCCUACAAGACAUGAUACCGGCUCGUGCGGUGUUAUACUUGAUGUCGUUUAGCGGCUUUCUAGUCAGCUUUAUGAUGCGAACCGACAUUAACAUUGCAAUGGUGGCUAUGGCGAAAAUGAGGCCGCGGCCAGAAAAUUCUUCGUCAAACGCUACCGAACUCUACAGUUGUUAUUCACCGGCCGUUAACAAUACUCAAGCCGUUGUCGAGAACAAAGUACCGAUGGAAGAAGGUGAAUUCGACUGGGAUUCUACCGUUCAAUCGGCCAUUCUCGGUUCAUUCUAUUGGUGUUACAUAUUGUCCCAAGUGGUCGGUGGUGUUCUGACGCAAAGGUUUGGCACCAAAACGGUGUUUGGGUUUUCGCAGUUAACCACGGCUAUAGCUUCCUUGCUCAUGCCGCAAGCAGCUUCAUUCCAUUAUGCCGCCGUUAUCGCCUUGAGAUCGCUUCAAGGAAUGGCUUCGGGACUUACUUGGCCGGCGAUGUACGCGCUUGUCGGUAUAUGGAUACCUUCCAACGAACGAAGCAGGUUUAUGUCAUCCUUCCAAGGGUUUAGCUUCGGGAUCGGACUGACGUAUAUGGUGUGUGGAUUCAUCAUUGGCAACUAUGGAUGGCGAGUGGUGUUCUACAUGAACGGGACGUUGGGUGUGGUCUGGUGUUUGCUGUGGUGGUUGCUGGCUUUCGAUUUGCCUCACAAACACCCGAGGAUAACGAGACGUGAGCUAAACUACAUCAACGCCAAUAUUGGUGACAACAUCAUUAGCCCAAAAGACUUGAAAGUACCUUGGUGCUCAAUCAUGACGUCCAUUCCGGCUUGGUCAAUCGGUAUAACGACGUUUGGCCGGAUUUGGGUACAUUACACGUUUAUCAUAUACGGUCCUUCUUACAUGAAAACAAUACUGGGAUUCAGUAUACAAAAGAAUGGAUUCAUGAACGGAGCGCCGUUUUUGUGCAGCUACUUGUCUUCGGUUGUGUUUUGUUACAUGGCCGAUUACAUAAUAACCCGAAAUCUCAUGAGUCUAACCAACGUGCGCAAAAUGUUCACGGCUGUGUCUCAAGUCUUACCUGGCUUGCUGGUGUUGACCAUCAGCUACAUGGGAUGUGAAAUCACGUUGAUAUUGGUCAUAUGGUUCAUAGCCGUCACACUUAUUACCGCUUCAUAUGCCGGUGCCAUGGCUAACGUGGUCGACAUCGCGCCAAACUUUGCUGGGCCAAUACUAGCAUUCGCCCAAACCAUACACAUGUCUGCAAGUUUUUUGUCGCCUUUAGCGGCCGCCAUUAUUCUUCAGGAUAACCCAACGCUGGAGAGGUGGCGCAGAAUAUUUGCUGUGACCGCAUGUGUGGCUUGCGGCACUUAUGUCAUGUACCAGUUUGGAGGUACGGCCAAGGAACAAGUAUGGAACAAUCCAAACCGGAAAAAUAAUUCAGGGUCCGUGCGGGUGUCACCCGAAGACAACCAACUGAUAUCGAACAGCAAAAACGACCCGGAGAGAGGGGACGGUUAGAGGUUUGGCAACGGCGGUCCCGAGGCUACGAAAACAGUAUAAUAUGGCGUAAAUAGGUCCCCCGUACAAAGGGGUACAACAAUUCAAAUUAUUUUUUAUGAUCGUUAUUAUUGUGAUAUACUUAAACCUUUAAACAAAAAGAAGACAAACAUUAGCGCGCCCGUCUAUUGAACCGGGCCACAAGCAAAUCUCAUCAUUCCAAACAACACAGUGUUCUAAACAUACAACUUGUAUAUUUUAUUAUAAUUUUAAAAAACAAAUUCAUCUUUUGUAACCUUAGGAUUUUUAAGUUGCGACCUUGUGUCCUCAAAUACGAAUUAAGUAGUGUAGAUCUUUCAAUCAAUUACUAUAUAAUACACCUAUGUUUUAUGUGAGUAAUAUUAUUAAUAUUUACCUAUAUAUUUAUAUAUAUAUAUAUACAAUAAUAUGAUGUAUAGUUGUUUAAUUUGUACGAUUUCCGUGGCUUUAGAAAAUAUGUGCAAGUUAUUAUGAAAAAAUACUUGAAUUCUUAACAAAACACAAAUCAUUGAACAAGUGGCUGAGAAUAAGAAGUUGUAUCUAGACUAAUUAUUUAGAUAACUAUCAUCUUAGCCGUAAUCUAAUUUACAACUUGGUCUAAGCUUGUGAUAAUAUUAAUAGUUGAAAUGUUAUUUUAAUAGAAACGUAGAACCAAAUGAAAUGUGCCUUACCAGAACUUUUCUGUCUUAUAGUAAUGAAAAUGUACAGUAAAUACAUGUGAUCACACUAGAAAUUUUUUAUAUUUUAGUGGCAUUCUUUAAAUUGUUGUUAGUAACAAAGAAUAACUGAGCUAUUCAAUAAUAGAUAAUUUAUGACAUUAAAAACACCUAAUUAUUUAUUAACUUUUACUCUCGAUCUUGUUUUUUUAUGUUCGAAUAAUAUUUGAUUAGAGGAAGAACAGAAGUAUUUAAACAAAAUUACCUCUACUCAAUUCUUAUUAAUAACACGAUAUGAUUUUUGUCUAGUGAAUAAGUUAUGAUCAUUAUGUAUAAACUGAUUUUUAUAAGAGCAAAAUGUAGAUUAUGUAGCCUAUAGUUUAGAGCUAUGAAAUUAUGCUUGUUUUAGAUUUUUUUAUUUUUAUAAAAAAAAAAUCCAAAUAGGCCUGAAAAGAAUGUAAACGUAACAGCCAAAUGAUUAAUUUAAAUGAAAUAUAUAUAUAUAUACUGAUACACAUCUAAUAACUGAAAGAAUUGAUUGAGUAUUAUAUUAUAUUGUUUCGAUUUAUGAUUUUUGACUAGUUAUUUACCUUUUAGAAUAUACUCAUUACCUAGGUAGGUACUCAAUUAUACCUAUACUAGCCUUACACAGAUCAUGAUUUUAUCAAAAUAUUAUAAUUAAAAAAUACAUAAUAUACAUACCUAAAACUAAUUUUUUCUUCAUUAUUAUAUAUUACUAAACAAAAUCGAGUCUUCCAUAAUUACCAAAUUUGUUCGAUUAGAUAGCUAAAACUAAAACCCAAUUACAGUUAAUGCAAAUUAAAUUUCAUCUUCAAUUAUUUAACACGAAUGUAUAAAUAAUUAACUUCAAUAUGAAAAUAUGCAGUUAUUUUUUUUAAAUAUAGGCACCUAUUAAUUUAGGAUUAUACAGGGAUCAGUAGCAAAACCAGUUAGUGUUAAAUAAUAAUUAAUAACUACUAGUAAACUAUUUUUAACAGUAGAUUUAAUGGAAUAGUUGUAUACAAAUAGUUACAUUUGAACAGUAAUGUUAGAACAUAAUAUAAUAGUAGUUUUCAGUAAAUAAAUUUAUUGUUUUCUUCGAUUUAA